AUAUCUACUUCAACCAAGUUGCAUUCCAGCUUUCUGGAAAGGAAACAAGCAAAAACCCCAAUCUAUUGCAGAAUUGCGUCUUCCAACAAACAGAGCUUCUCUUUUGCAAGACGUUUGGAAGUGAGAACUACAAAUCCCAGCAUCCAUUGCGAGGAGAGGGGCAUCCAUAUGGUUCUUCCCUUCCCUACACUUCCGGUCUGGUUUGCAAGGAGUCUUAAUUUCGCAGCUGGGUUGUUUUGUCUGUUUCUGGGAGCGAUCACUGGUUUUACAGGUUGCUUUGCGUUUGGAACAAAAGGGGUCGAGGAAGGCCUUCCGGAACAGCAAACCUGGACUCCCCUCUUGACCGUGGGGCCCUGAUGGACACCUCGGAGCCCAGCAGUGCGACGGAGGAGGAGGAGGAGAAGGUGACGGCCGAGCAGCGCCCCAGGACCCGCUCCAACCCCGAGGGCGCCGAAGACCGGACCCUGAGCGCCCAGGCGAGCGUGGGCAGCCGCAGCGAGGGGGAAGGGGAGGCGGCCAGCACGGGCGACAGCCAGAGUGCCACGGCCACCAAUGGGAAAGGCUGGCCUCCCACAGUCCCGCCCACCGAGUUCCAGGUCAGGACGCCACGGGUCAACUGCCCGGAAAAAGUGAUCAUCUGCCUUGACCUCUCGGAGGAAAUGUCCCACUCGAAACUGGAAUCGUUCAACGGGUCGAAAACCAACGCUCUGAACAUUUCCCAGAAGAUGAUAGAGAUGUUUGUCCGGACCAAGCACAAAAUCGACAAGAGCCACGAGUUUGCGCUGGUGGUGGUCAACAACGACGUCACCUGGCUCUCUGGAUUCACCUCUGAUCCUAGAGAAGUUUGCAGCUGUUUGUAUGACCUGGAGACAGUGGUGUGCAAGUCCUUCAAUCUCGAAGGUCUUUUCAGCCUCAUACAGCAGAAGACAGAACUGCCCGUGACGGAGAAUGUGCAGAGCAUCCCACCGCCGUACGUGGUCAGGACCAUCCUGGUUUAUAGCCGGCCAGCUUGCCACCCCCUCACAAUCACGGAACAGAUGAAGAAAAUGCUCCAGUGCCCUUAUUACUACUUUGACGUGCUCUACAUCCACAACGGCUUCGAGGACAAAGAGGAGGAAACCAGCUGGAAGGUAAACAGAAUUACUGGGCCAGGAAGUGGGAUGGGACCCUGAUGUCCCCUAGAUGUU